AUGCUCUCCGCCUUUACAGCCCGUCCUAUCAUAGAGCUGCGGCAGCGGGACAAGUCAAAGAUCGAGACGAUCCUUGCGUAUGGCGACCGCAUCCUCGUCGGGCUCAACAACGGCGCCCUUCGCAUCUACCGCCUCAACGAACUUCCCGCUAAUGGCGAUUCGACGCCUCCACACACCGCAAAUGCGACUCCUCCCCAGAAUGGCGACCACGCUGCCGCAGAUUCGGUAGCCAAGCCGACAGAUUUACUGCGCGAGGUGGAACGAUUCUCGACGCGGGCGGUAGAACAGCUGGCCAUCAUCAAGGAAGCAAACACAAUCGUAUCCCUGUCCAACUACCACGUAUCGCUCCACGACCUGCAGUCCUACGACCUCAUUGAGACCCUUUCGCGAACCAAGAAUGCGUCAUGCUUUGCCAUCACGUCCAAUAUCGUCAGGGACCCCGAUACGGGUGUCCCUGAAAUCAUCAGUCGGCUGGCUGUUGCUGUCAAGCGGCGGCUGCUGCUAUGGAGCUGGCAUGAGAGCGAGCUCAGUGACGAGGUCUCGGAAGUCGUCCUUUCCGAAUCGAUCCGAUCAAUUACAUGGGCGAGCGCGACGAAAAUCGUUUGCGGCAUGAAUGCAGGCUAUGUCAUUGUCGAUGCCAUGACACAGCAGGUCGAGGAUAUUGUGAGCCCAGGAAUGGGAUACAUGGGUCUAGGGAGCUACAUACCCAAGCCACUGGCUACCAAGUUGGCUGAUGGGGAAAUGCUUCUUGCCAAAGAUAUCAAUACUCUGUUCGUCAAUGACGAGGCUGCCCAGCUACAUUUUCCUCCGCCUACUGUAAGCCUAGCUCAUGCGGGCAAAGGAUUCCACAUCUCGAGUGACCGCUGCGUGUGGAAAAUGGGAGCCACAGACUAUGACUCUCAAAUUGGAGAGCUCAUUGAGAGUGGCAAGUUUGAUGAAGCGAUUAGCAUACUGCAAAUGCUUGAGGAUGCUCUCUUGAAGAACAAGGCAGAGACUCUACGAGAGGUCAAGAUGUUGAAGGCAGAGAGUCUGUUCAAGCAGAAGAAGUAUCGACAGUCGAUGGAUCUGAUGAAUGAAGACGAUGUCCAUGCACCACCAGAACGAGUCCUUAGGAUGUAUCCUGUUCUCAUUGCAGGAGAAUUAUCCAGGUGGGCGAACUAUGAGGAAACCCCAGAGAAUACCGAAGCAAGUCCGAAAAAGAUCAAUGGGACGAGAUCAAAUAGUCCAGAAAUGACCAACGAGCCUAUCGGGUCGCCCACUGCUGUGGGAGGAUUUGCCAAAUACUUCAAGGGGUCGCAGCGGAAGCCAGCUGAGGUCGCUUCCAUCAUCUCGAAAAAGGAUGGGGAAACCGAGGACUCAGACAAUGCCAAAGAGACACCAGUGCCAGAAGACAAGCCACUUUCGGGUAAAGAGCUCACGAAGGCCGUCUUAGAGCUGAAUAGCUACCUUGCUGGGACUCGCGCUCGCCUCCAGCGUGUCAUUGAUCCUGUGACUGGCAAAUUGAAGCCGCGAACAGACCAGCCCAGCUCGGCAGAAGAGGCGGAAGACCGACUCCUGAAGCUGACCAUGGAUGAAUCGGACAAGGAACGCGAGCAAAAGCUACGCGAAACUUUCCGCCUGGUUGAUACCACUCUGUUUCGUGCCUACAUGUUCUCGCAGCCCUCGCUUGCGGGCUCCCUGUUCCGCAUUCCCAACUUUUGCGACCCAGACGUUGUCAAUGAGAAGCUGCUGGAACACAAUCGCUAUACGGAGCUGAUUGACUUCUUCCACGGCAAGAAACUGCACAAGUCGGCACUGGACUUAUUACACAAGUUUGGCGCUGCACCAAAGCCGAAUGAAGCAGCACCGGCUUUACACGGCCCAGAUCGAACUAUACAAUACCUGCAAAGCCUUCCACCCUCUGAAAUCGAUCUUAUCCUUGAGCAUGCUAAAUGGACUUUGAAGGCGAAUCCAGAAUACGCUAUGGAGAUAUUCAUAGGCGACACGGAGAAUGCGGAGACCCUACCGCGCGAGAAAGUCUUGCCUUAUUUACAAGAAAUAGAUAUGAAGCUCGAGAGGCAAUACUUGGAACACAUCAUCAUGGAACUCGAUGAUAGCACGGCGGAUUUCCAUAAUCGCCUUGUCGAGCUCUACGUUUCAAGUCUGAGUAAUAGUGAGAGGGGCCAUGAUUGGGAUGAUCUUGAAGAGAGAUUUGUCAAGUUCCUGCGAGAAUCUCGACAAGUCUACAGUCUCACCAAGGCAUUUGCUUUGAUCCCCAAAGAUGAACCCGCUUUCUAUGAAGCUCAAGCGGUUGUCCUAAGCAACAUGGGACAGCACAGGCAGUCACUCGAGAUUUAUGUCUUCAAAAUGAAGGAUUAUGUCAAGGCAGAAGACUAUUGUAACCGUGCACACAGAUUGCAAGCUCCAUCCACAACUCCUUCGGAUGAUUCAGACGAGUCCGUGUCAUCUGUAUACCAUACAUUACUUUCUCUAUACCUGCAGCCACCUCCACCCCACAAGCCAAAUUUCGAACCAGCACUGGAUUUGCUUUCCAAGCACGGCUCUCGCCUCCCCGCCACAUCAACUCUUGGGCUCAUUCCGAACGACCUUCCCGUCAGUUCUCUCGAAGCAUAUUUCCGCGGGAGAAUACGGGCUGCGAAUAGUCUCGUCAACGAGUCCCGGAUCGUGGCUGGCUUGCGCAAAGCAGAGGGCAUAGCCGUGGCUGCUGAAUUACAACUGGGAGACGGCAAGCCUGGAGGUCAAGGCGGUAGGAACCGCCAUGUCAUCAUCACAGAUGAGAGGCAUUGCGUCGUCUGCCACAAGAAAUUGGCCGGCGGGAUGCGAAUGGGCGGGAGCGUGGUAGCCGUUUUGACAGACAACACGGUGGUCCAUUACGGCUGUUUGAGCAGAGCAACGGGCUCCAAAGCGGAUGGUUUGAGGAAGCCCAGCUGGGGUAGAGGCUAUUAG